GUUGCUGCCAUGCAUGCUCCGGAGCUUCUCGUGUGCCUUCUCGGCUUGUCGUCGGCAGGCGCAGCAGCCCUGUCGCACGGCGCCCGCGUCAACCAGGUACUUUGUCUCGACAACACCGCCAGCAGCAGCAGCAGUUCGUACCAGACACGCUUCGCCGGCGUCACCUGGGACCAGCGCAACUGGCGCCUGCAGAGCCGCGUGCUCGACCAGGGCCACUACGAGGCGCGCGGAUCUGUUGCCAAUGGCUACAUCGGCAUCAACGUCGCCAGCGCCGGUCCCUUUUUCGAGCUGGAUACGCCUGUUGACGGCGACGUGAUCAAUGGCUGGCCGCUGUUCUCGCGUCGCCAGACGUUUGCCGGUCUGGCCGGCUUUUAUGACUCGCAGCCGACGACCAACUCGACUAACUAUGAGUGGCUCAACCAGUACGGCGAGGAGAGUGUGAUCAGCGGUAUUCCGCACUGGGCUGGGCUGGUGCUUGAUCUGGGAGGUGGCGAUUACCUUGAUGCUACGGUUGACAACUCGACUAUUUCCGACUAUACCACUACGUAUGACUACAAGGCCGGCGUCUUGUCGUGGGACUACAAGUGGACUCCACGCCAGAACAGUAGUGGCUCGUUCCGCAUCAGCUACCAGCUCUUUGCCAACAAGCUGGACAUCAACCAGGCUGUCGUCCAGCUAAGCAUUACGCCGUCUAAGAGUGGGAAUGCCUCAGUCGUCAAUGUGAUUGAUGGCUAUUCUGCGGUGCGCACCGAUUUUGUCAAGUCUGGCAGCGACGACGAUGCGAUUUACACGGCCGUCAGACCCGUGGGCAUUCGUAAUGUUACUGCCUGGGUCUAUGCUGCUCUCGACGGCGACGACGCCUUUGAUUUGUCCUCGGCGGCUCUGGUUAGCGGAAAGCCAUACAUCCACCAGAACGACUCGUCGAUUGCGCAGUCGGUCAAUGUCGAAUUCAGCGCUGGCAAGACCGUCACCAUUGCCAAGUUUGUCGGUGCUGCCUCGACAGAUGCGUUUUCGAAUCCUCGGGAAACGGCUAAGAAGGCUGCUUUGGAUGCCAAGAAGAAAGGGUUCCAGGAUCUGUUGCGCUCUCACGUCUCUGAAUGGGCACAGGUGAUGCCGGAUGGCUCUGUCGAUGACUUUACACUGGAAAAUGGCACUCUCCCCCAUGAUGCGUUCAUUAUCGAGUCGGCUGUGACCGCUGUGGUCAAUCCUUACUAUCUUCUCCAGAACACGGUUGGUAAAAACGCUCUGCAGCGAGUGAACAAUGCCCCCGUCAAUGACUGGAGUAUUCCUGUUGGAGGGUUGAGCUCGGAUUCGUAUGCCGGAAUGAUCUUCUGGGACGCAGACGUCUGGAUGCAGCCGGGACUCGUGGCGGCAUUCCCUGAAUCGGCCAAACGCAUUACAAACUACCGCGUCGCCAAAUACCAACAAGCCAUCGCCAACGUCAAGACGGCGUAUGUGAGCUCGCAGAAUGAGACUGUCUUUUCUCCCGACGCGGCAAUCUUCCCUUGGACAAGUGGACGGUAUGGAUCCUGCACUGGAACUGGCCCCUGCUGGGACUACGAGUAUCACCUGAACGGUGACAUUGCCAUUUCACUGGUCAACCAGUGGGUGGUAAGCGGCGAUAUGGAGACGUUCCAAAACGAGCAUUUCCCCAUCUACAAUUCAGUUGCUACCGUGUAUGGCGACUUGUUGAAGAAGAACGGGAGCUACUACACGCUGGCGAACAUGACGGACCCUGACGAGUAUGCCAACAACAAGGACGCCGGAGGAUAUACAAUGCCGCUCAUUGCAAACACGCUGCUAAAUGCCAACGCAUUCCGCCGCCAGUUUGGCAAGGAUGAAAAUGCAACAUGGAACGAAAUGGCAGCGAACGUGCUGAUUAUCCGGGAGAACGACGUAACUCUGGAGUAUACCACGAUGAACAACAGCGUUGCGGUCAAGCAGGCGGACGUGGUUUUGAGGACUUUCCCUCUGGACUACACUGCCAAUUACUCGUCUAGUGAUGCUUUGAAUGAUCUUGAUUAUUACGCUUUGAAACAGUCGCCCGAUGGCCCUGGCAUGACAUAUGCUAUUUUCUCGAUCGUCGCCAACGAUGUCUCACGCUCGGGAUGCUCCGCGUACACGUAUGCGCAGUAUUCCUAUGAACCGUAUGCUCGCGCGCCGUUUUUCCAGCUUUCCGAGCAGCUGGUCGACGACUACACGGCCAACGGCGGAACCCACCCCGCAUACCCGUUCCUCACUGGCCACGGAGGCGCCAACCAGGUUGUUCUAUACGGAUAUCUCGGACUGCGUCUUGUGCCUGACGACAUUCUUCACAUCGACCCGAACCUGCCGCCUCAGGUUCCGCAGGUUACGUACCGCACGUUCUACUGGCGCGGCUGGCCGAUCCAGGCGGCUUCCAACUACACCCACACGACGAUCAGCAGGGCUACCACUGUUGCUCCGCUGGAUUCUGCAGAAAAGAAGUAUGCCAAAUCAGCAAUUUCGGUUCAGGUUGGACAGCAGUCCAAUAGCACGACAUACAAGCUGCCAGCCGACGGGACGCCACUCACAAUCGCAAACCGCCGAGUCGGCUCUACAAACACAAUCAAGGGCAACAUUGUUCAAUGUCAGCCAGUCCAGUCUGUCGACACUUACCAGCCGGGACAGUACCCGCUAGCCGCCGUUGAUGGAGCAGCGUCGACCAAGUGGCAGCCCGAGUUUGCGGCCAACGUGAGCUCCCUGACGGUGUCGAUUCCGUCUUCUUCCAACAAGACAACAGUCUCGGGCUUUUACUUUGACUGGGCGCAAGCGCCUCCAUCAAACGUGACUGUCGUCUUACACAACAACUCAAUCAGCAACCCGACUCUUUCUAGCUUUGGCGGAAAGGGCGCGCUGGUCACCAACAUCGACGUCAAACUGUCCAACCCGUACAACCCAGCGUCAAACGCAGACGAAAUUGUCAUCCAAGCGGGCAACACCACAAACCACACUUUCCCAGACCCUGUGCCGGCAUCUCGAUUCGCGACGCUGUUUAUACAGGGAAAUCAAGGGCUAGAUAAAGUGGAUGUGCAGAAUGGCAACGGCACGGGGGCGACGGUUGCUGAGUGGGCUAUUCUAGAGAAAUCGCCGACUCCGAGUCCGACUACAGUAUUUAGUCACCACCACUGCUCCUCAAUAGAAUCCCCCCCAAAAAAACUUGUAAUUAUAUUAUCAAAUUUCAAAAUGCCCUCCGUUCUCAUCACAGGCUGCUCCGAUGGCGGCAUCGGCUCUGCCCUCGCGCACGCCUUCCACUCCGCCGGCCUCGACGUGUUUGCAACAGCACGCAGCACCCAAAAGAUGGCAUCUCUAGCAGACCUCCCCAGAGUCACGCUACUCAAACUCGACGUGACAGAUACAAAAAGCAUCGCCCUUGCUGUCGACGCUGUCACAGCUGCUACUGCUUCCGCCGGUGGUCUCGACUAUCUAGUCAACAAUGCGGGCCAGGGCUACGUGAUGCCGAUGCUGGACAGCUCCGUGGCAGAUAUGCAGGCCAUGUUCGAGAUCAACGUGUGGGGGGCUCUACGUGUCGCGCAGGCGUUUGCGCCGUUGGUUGUUCGUGCAAAGGGGGUGAUUGUGAAUAAUAGUUCGAUUGCGGGUUGUGUGGCGCUGCCUUAUCAAGGAGCUUACUCGGCAUCCAAAGCCGCGCUUGAUUUCAUUUCAGGAAACCUCAAACUCGAACUGGCCCCGUUCGGCGUGCGCGUCGUGCUGCUGCGCACCGGCAAUAUCGCGACCAAUUGGUUCGACUCGGUCCCAGAGUGUAACUUGCCGCCGGGGUCGCUAUACAAACCGGUCGAGGAGCAGGUCAAGACGAUGGCAGAGGGGAAACACAAAUUUCCUACAAUGAAACCAAACGAGUAUGCGCGCAGGGUGGUGCGUGAUGUGCUUUCUGCGAGACACUCGACUGUAUUCUGGAGAGGCGCGCAGGCGAGUACGGUCAAGUGGGCGGUGGCGUGGAUUCCGUCGUGGAUAUUGGAAAAACUGAUAGUAAAGGGAUCGGGGCUGGAUGUUUUAUAUUCAGUCGCAAUGCACUUUCGUAGCUUGUUCUUCGUCCUCCCCCUGUUAGGGCUAGCCCAAGCUUGCAGCUCCGACGACGACUGCAGCCUCAACGGCGUCUGCCACAGCGUCAACACCAACAGCACCUGUCUCUGCGACGCCGGCUGGAUAGGGUUAGACUGCGGCCAGCUGGAUCUGCGUCCUGCAACCAGAAACACAGGCUACAACCGUACGGCCGAGGGGAUCUCGUCCUGGGGCGCCACCAUCCUCCGCGACCCCUCGCACCAGCCCGACGUGUUCCAUCUAAUCCACGCCCAGUUUGCGUUUGGAUGCGAUCUAGACUACUGGACUCCCUACAGCAUUAUUGUCCAUUCAACCUCGACGACCGGUCCCGAAGGACCCUACCAUUUCCAUACACAGCUAGUGGGCACAUUCGCGCAUAACCCGACGGUCAUCUACAGCGCGGCCGACGCCGCAUACGUGCUGGUGCACAUUGGCUGUCCGGUCAAUGUAUCCAGCACCAGCUGCGAGACAGUGCAGUUUAGCUGUGGGCCAGGCAACACGAACAACGGCGAGAGCGGCAUCUCGGCGUGGUCGUCGCGCGACCUCGAGACCUGGGAAUUCCACGGCCAAGUGAUGCCCGGAAACGCGAAUGGCACCUGGGACGCCGACACCACCAACCCAUCUAUUUUCCCUCUUCACGCAGAGGGCCACGACAUGCUCAUGGCAUACCGCGGCUGUGUCGAAAACUGCGGCGAGGGAGUCGAGCAGAUCGGGGUCGCGAGUGCACCCAGCUUCACAGGCCCUUAUUCCCGUCUCUCCCCCAAGGGGCCUGUCUUUCCCGAAAACACUGAGGAUCCGCACGUCUGGCGAGACAAACGCGGCAACUGGCACAUGCUGGUACACUCUCUCGAGGCCGGCGGCGGAUUCGGCUCAGGACCAAAAGUUGGACGACAUGCGUAUGCGCGAGAGUGGGAUGGCGAGUGGACGUUCAACAACAGUACGCUAGCGUAUAGCACGCACGUCGCGUUUACCGAUGGCACUGCGAUUGAUUUCUCGCGCAGGGAGCGGCCGCAGGUGUUGUUCAGCGAGGAUGGGCUGAUGAGGCCGCUGUUUCUGUCGAAUGGGGUGCAGGAGGUGAAUAGUUCGCUGAGCUAUACGAUUGUGCAGCCUAUUGGACAUUGA